AUGGCUUUGGAAGAAAGUGCUACUACAAGUGGCAUGAUAAAACUUGAUUCUUCCAAUUACUCAUUAUGGAAGCCCAUGAUGGAAGACAUCCUUUAUUGCAAGGAUUUGUAUGAGCCAAUUGGGAAAGACAAGAUACCCACAGGUGUCACGGAAGAAGAAUGGAGAGUGUUGCACAGAAAGGCAAUAGGUAUGAUUCGGUUGUACAUCAACCAAAAUAUUUUCCACCAUGUUGCAAAUGACACAAAUGCUUAUGAGAUGUGGCAGAAGUUGGAGUCUAUGUAUGAGAGGAAGACAUCAAUGAACAAGGCAUCGGUGAUCAAAAGACUUGCAAAGCUUGAGUACCGAGAUGGCACAAGUGUGAUUGAGCACAUGAAUGUCUUCCAAUGCCAUAUAAAUCAACUUUCACCCUUGAAGAUCAACUUUGAGGAUGAGGUGCAAGCAUUGUUGCUGCUGAGUUCCAUGCCUGAUAGUUGGAACACGCUUGUUGUGUCACUUAGCAAUUCAGCUCCGGAUGGGAAGAUGACUUUGGAGAUGGUGAAGAACAGUAUGCUGAAUGAAGAAGCCAGAAAGAAGGAAAAGGGUGAUGCCUCUUCUUCUGAUGCGUAUGUGGCUGAAACCCAUGGGAAGAAUGAGAACCGUGGACACAGUAAUACAAGAUUUCAGCAAGGCAAAAAUAAAUCCAGGGAGAGAUCAAAGUCAAAACUGAGAAAAGAUAUUAGUUGCUUUCAUUGUGGCAAUCCGGGACACAUAAAGAGCGAGUGCAGGAAGUACAAGAGAGAGCUUGCCGAGGGGAAACUCACCAAGAAAACCGAGCAAAAGGCUGAGAGCAGUUCAACCAUGACUGCAACAGAUGAGCACUAUCUAGUCAUUGAAGAUUCAGAUUCCUAUAGUGUUGUUCGUGAUGAUGCCAUGAGUUGGGUUGUGGAUUCAGGUGCGUCCUUCCACAUCACAUCACACAAGGAGUAUUUCACAUCUUACACUAGUGGUGUUACUGGCCAAGUGAGGAUGGGAAAUAGUGGUUCGUCAGCAAUUGUUGGCAAGGGCUCUAUAUGCAUUGAAACAAACACAGGUUGCGGAUUGGUGCUCGAUGAUGUGAGGCAUGUUCCCGACAUAAGGCUGAAUUUGUUGUCAGUGGGCAAGCUUGAUGAUAUCAAACAUCCUAGUUAUUUUGGUGAAGGAAAAUGGAAGCUCACCAAAGGCUCUUUGAUUGUGGCUCGAGGAAGUAAGCAAGGUAAUCUCUAUGUGACUAAAACCAAGUUGUGCAAUGAGGUGUUGAACAUUGCUGAAAAAGACACUUCGGUUGAAUUGUGGCACAAGAGGCUUGGGCAUAUGAGUGAGAAGGGCAUGCAUGCUCUUGCUCGCAUGGAGUACCUCCCUGAGUUGAAAGAAAAUGUUCUUGAUAUUAUGCACAUUGAUGUUUGCUCAAUGACUGAAAAAUCUCAUGGUGAAGCAUUAUACUUUGUGAAUUUUAUUGAUGACCAUUCCAGAAAGGUUUUUGUGUAUGUGCUGAAACACGAAUACCAGACACUUGAAGCCUUCAAGGAGUUCCAUGCCAAAGUUGAAAGAGAAACUGGCAGGAAAUUGAAGUGCGUGAGAUCAAACAAUGGUGGUGAAUACAGAGGUCCUUUUGAAAGGUUGUGGGAUCCAGUAAAUAGGAAGAUUAUGAGAAGCCGAGAUGUGGUGUUCAUUGAAGAUGAAACAAUAAAAGAUAUUGGGAAACCAGAGAAGCCAAUGACCAACACACCUCAGGUUGAUAUGGAUCCAAUCUGUCCUCCUCUCAUUCAUGACAAUCAUGGGGGAGAUGAUGACACUGAAGAAAGUGGAGAUGCAACUGAUCAAGGCAGUACAAGUCAAAGUGGCGAGCAACCAUCAAGUGAUGAUGAUGAUGAAGUUGGUAAUGAUGAUGCCAACGAAAAUCUACCUGAUUCACCACUAGUGCAGUAG